CUAUUCGCCCGGGUUCAGAAAAGCAGAUUGAUACUGUUGCCUUCUUUAAGGACACGCGUCUGCUUCUCGCUUCGUGAAUAUGCCAAAAGCUGCCAAAGCAAAAGGACGAGAGCAGGAGAAGAAAGCCAUCCAUCCUUACAGCAGAAAAGCUGCUCAGCUUACUAAAGAAGCACACAGACAAGUUAAAAAGGAGAAGUGAAAAAUUGCUUUGGUUUCAACACCACCUUGAUCCUGACAAAAUGGAAUACACAAAAAAAGAAGCUUCUGAAUUAGUAGAAAAUUAUUUGCAGAGAUUUCGUGAUGAGUUGGAGCAGAUUGAACUGCACAACAGCAUUAAAGGACGACAGUCCAGACAGCAUAGUUCCAGGGAAACCGUAAUCAAGCAGACUAUGGAACGUGAACGACAGCAAUAUGAAGGCUAUGGCAUCGAAAUCCCUGACAUUGUAAACUGUAAACAUCUUCGAUAUUUCAGAGACUGGGAUGGUGACUUGAAGAAGCUACCAAAUAUUAAAAUGAGAAAGUUAUCCAGUAAAGAUGUCUGCAGUAGUAGAAUGGAGAAGGCAAACAUUGAAGCUGAAAAUGAACUGUCUGCAGCACAGGAUGUGGACUAAAGAGAAUUCGCUGGAUAUCUGAAAACAGAUUGGCAAACCAGUGUUUUAACUGUCUAUGGAAGUAAGAAACAAGAAACUUUCAGUCAACCACGAGUACCUGCAAUUCUGACAGUUUAUAUACUGCAGUUUAUAAUAUAUCAAUGUCUUUUGAAAAAAACAACAGUGCAAUGUGUGUAAGGUUCAUAAAAAUGCUUGAUAUUAUAUUGAUAGAACCAAAUUCUGAUUAGUCAAAAUUAAUUAUUCUAAUGCAACAAAACAACCAACAGAUUCUCAUGAAGAAAAAGUCAAAUAUCUUCCAUCUCACCUACUAUCUUUCCCCAGUUGUUGUUCUUCAAGAGAAAGUACUGAUCUGAUUUUCAUUACAAUUGUUGGAGCAAAGUAUCUUUAGGAGUGAACUUAAAUGCAUCUUUCCAUACACCUUUUUUAAUAGUGCAUUCUGGCACUAGUCCUUCCUGAAGCUGCAGGUUGGGACCAUAGCUCAUAACAUCACUUGAGAGUGGGGAUUAAGAAAUGUAGUCUCAUUUGGUGGCAGGUACUAUUAAGAAUUCUAUAUAAGGCUUAAGAUACCUUUUUGUCUUAAAUUCUUCCAAACAAUAAAAAUACAUAAAGGGAGGAACUGUUUUCCUAUUCUCUUAACACACCACAUUUAGCUCUUUUCUUUUUAUAAAAAGCUAUCCUGCUAAGCAUACAUAGAUACACAAUUGUUUGUCCCAGUAUCUAAUUUACAAUAUUCUGUUGAAUUGGAAAGAAUAAAAUACAGACUGUAAAGUAGGAUUGGAAAGAGUAAAAUAUGGGCUACAAAACAGUACUGAACAAAGCAUACUAGCCAGUAUGUUUAAGUUACUUUUUGGAUUUGACCCUUGGGUUCUUUAGUUGAACAAGGUUCUAUGUGGUAACUUGUAAUAUUUUCAUAAUUCAAUUAUUACUAAUUUUUGGACAAGCAAAAAACUUGACUUCACAAGUUUGGCUUCAGAGAACCUACUAGUGGGCUUUCUACUUCAGUAUUGAUCUCUUUUUAAAACAAAGUUCCUUAACACUGAUUUAUAAAUCAGAUCUUGAAGUACAAAUUCAGGCUACUGAACUGACAUUUAAACUACAUUCCUGAAGAAUGGGGGAAAGAGAAUGCAAUUCUGAUUUUCUUUUCUAGCCUCUAAAAUUAAAACUGUUGCUCAGGACUGGACUUCAUUUGGUUUUAACCAGGCUGUUCCUUGCUCAAUCAAACGUCAUCUGAAGCACUGAGACUGAGCUUUCGUUUAAAACACACGUGUAAAAUUUGGUGCAAAUUCUCAGGGCAUGGGAUAAGGCAAUGACAUCCUCCAGUUUGAAAUUUCAGACCGGAGUUCUGAAGUUCUUCAGACUAGAAUUAUAAAAUACA